GCAGCCGAAGAUGCAGGCGCCAUGGUUGCUCCUCUUACUAGCGGCAGUCUCGCUGCAAGCAAACGGAGAAGACAACCCCUGCCAAGACUACAUAUCGUUUCCCGACUUGGACAGGAGGGACGUCAAUUAUGAAUUAUCAGUAGGAGAAAAACCCCUGAAUGAUUUUUUCAUUACCAACUCCGGGGUUUGGUUCGGUACGGACGGUUAUGACAUCGUCACCAGUGCCCCACCACAGAAACGAUGCGGCACCGUGUAUCCAGUCUGGAUAAGAGACCCGUUGCCAGAGAACGGCGAGGAGACUACAGUUACGGCAUGUGUACGUAUAGACACAAACACUUGCCAGGUGAGCGAGAACAUCCUUGUUCGGGACUGUGGAAACGUCCGCAUCUACCAGCUGAAGAGUACUAAGGUUGAUCAGUCUGCCUACUGUGUGGGUCUUACUGACCCAACAAAACCGAUUCCAGGCUUCAAAGUCAAGCCAACUGUUCAGGUCGAGGCCGUACUUGUUGGAACAAAAAGUGAAUACAAGUUCCGAUGUUUGUUUUCUCCGUCGACGUCCGAAGUUUUACAUUACCAAGUGCUCUGGUACGCUAAUGUGAAAAUGGUCUACACCUUCACUCCAAGGCAGUGGUCUGAUCAGUUUCUAGAGAAUACAUCUCUCACUGAAGCCAUCCUAAAAGCAAGACGUUUCGAAUCACCAGGAUUUACUGUACAAUGUGCAGUCAAGGCAUCUUAUGGCGUUGGCUUUCCUCCAGGACAGAGUGAAAUGAGCGAUGCAAAAUUUAUUGGCAUUGUGAUCGAAACCCCCUCUGUAAUUGUGAAAGAAGGUGAGGAUGUUAUCGUUCACCUUGGCCUGUCCACACCAUUCGGAUGCGGAACUGAAAAUGAUUGUUCUCUGCUGGUAAACGUCAUGGUGGAGAGUGAGAACAAUGUGUGCGACCCAUCGGCAAUGGUUCAUUCCCAGUGCGGGGUGCGGAUAUGGAAAAGAGACUGGCAACAAUCCCACUCCUUGACGGUAACAGGAAACCCAACUCAAGGGUAUAGCCCUAAAACUGCCGUAUCAAAGCUACGUUUUCGUGUUGCGUCAUAUUUCAUUCCUCAUCCCUUCUGGUCUAUGUAUGACGUUGGCGAAGUAACAGUACAAAUUGUUAAAGACACAAGAAUCUUCAAAAACAAAGUUUGCUACGCAUAUACAGAUCCACAUAUGCAGACUACUGAUGGAAGGAAGUACGAAUUUCAUGAUGAUGGCGUGUUCGUCUUUUAUAAGAACGUGGACCUGAAUUUGGAGGUACAAAUUCAAAUGCUUUCCUGUGGAAGUGGGCAUGUAAGAUGCCCAUGCGGCGUCGCUGUCCGAGCUGGAAGGACCGUAUUCCACAUGAACAGGUGUUACAGAUCAAGCUGGAACAUCAAUUACGUCAUGUGUGAAGAUGGAAAAGACAUUCUCAAAGUACUCAGGAAAGGAACAACAUAUCAGAUUCACUUACCGACUGGAAGUUAUGUGGAGGUAGAACCCAGUGGUAGGUUCUGCAAUGUUCGUCUUUACCCAUCGGAUUCGGAUUUCAAUAAAACACGAGGUUUAUGUGGAACUUUCACCAACAAAUGCGAGGACGACUUUCAGAUGUCGGAUGGAACAUUGUCGACAGCCACAGGCGCUGAAGCAAAUUGUGUGCAGGCACAGUAUCACACACGAAGGUAUUACCACGAUUUUACAGAGUCAUGGAGAGCAAGAACAAAUCUAUUUCAUUACAACCAUCUGGAGAAUUUGGAAUGGUGGACAUCCACAUUCUAUUACUGCCAGUGUGAUAAAGAUGACCUUGUUGGUCAGGAGCCACAUCCAGAAGCCACAUGCUCCCCAGGACCAGGAAAAGUAUGUGUGUACGACCACAGAUUCCGCCCUCCGCCGUCAGCUUCCCGAGAAUGUACAAUAAUGUCAAGGUCGCGCAGAGCUGCUGCGUUCCAGAAUGAGGAGCAAAUCUCAAGAGAAAAACGGUCACCUUCUACCUUCAAUGAACACCCUGAAUAUCCUAGGCCGCUGGCCACGGACACAAAUAUGACCGAAGAGGCGGCGACAUUGUUCUGUGACAAAUUGUUCAACAACACCAAGACGAUACUAGUAUGCACACAUGUUGACGGAAUACAACAGAUUAUCUCGGACAACAAAGAAAACUGUGUUCUUGAUAUCAUGCUCACAGGAACUACUGAUUUUGCACGGGAUGCCCUGGAAUCAGCAAAGAGCCAAUGCUUGCAAGAGGUGGCGCUGAAUUCUUCUUUUCACGAGGACACAACUCCUGGCCUCCCCUCCAUAUUUGACACCCUGCUGGAGAUGACGUGUACAAAUGAAUGCUCAGGAGAGGGUCUAUGUGAAAAUGGUACAUGUGUUUGCAAUGCAAACUUUGGUGGAGAAGACUGCUCUAUCGACAAGUCCAUCCCACCUGUUGUUUACGGAAUGAUUGGAGAAGGAUAUUGUGAUGUGGCAGUUGAAGACUGCAACGAGACAGCAAUCGUGGGGGAUUACUUUGAUGAAUUUGGAAAUAUGAGAUGCCGUAUAACUUUAUUUCAACUUUCGCAUGAUGGGGUUAAAACCGCCCAGGCCACAACCUACACCGAACCAAUAGUGGAAAGUUUCGCAGAGGUUUUCUGCGGUCUUCCUCAACACCGACAUAAGCGGGAUCUGAAUUCCGGCCAUCCCGGAAGUGCUGUUGCAUCCGGGUUUAACGUAGCAGUGUCCAAUUAUGGAGAGGUUUUCAGCAAAGAAAUGGUCGUAAUACUUUUCAACUCCCAGUGCCAAACAUGUGUUAUUAAAGAUGACACAGUACUCUGUACAUUCACAAGCAAAUCGUGUACUGCUGGGGCUGUGUGUGUCGAUCACGGAGCCAGUCACCCGGACAACCCUUGUUAUGUCUGUGAUGCUUCUCUAUCCAUCAGAUCAUGGACGGCGAAAUAUGGACCGGGUUGUCCAGUGUUGGACAAGGAGGAAGAACCACUCUGGAUUAUUGGAGCUGUGUUAGGUGGACUUGUGCUGGCGGCUGCUGUCGUGUGUGCAGUGAUAUGUUAUAGGAAGUUGCGACAACCACAAAAGGUUGCUGCCUCACCUACGAUCUUCGACAAGAAAAUGAAGAAGGAACCUAAAGCCUAGACAUGACUGAAAUCCCACCACACUGACGAAAGUUUUGGAGUCAGUAGAAUUAUCAGAUCCAAACUAAUGCAUAACUCAAACAGAUCAUUCAGUACAGAAAAUGGUCCCUUGUACAAUAACGAAUAGUGGAAUGCCUACAGAUACCAGAAUGGUGAUUUAAAUGUUUAUAUGUUCAUUGCAAGGACUGGACAAACUGAAUUAGCUGCGACAAUAUGACCGUAUGUAUAAUCAGAAAGUAUCACAGAUUGCGUCAGGUACAGGUUUAUGGGGCUGGUGUUCGUGAUCAUGAUUAGAUCGUCACUUGCAUGAUUUGAUUGGAUUGUUUUUUUUAAAGAAAAUGCUAAAGACACCAUGAUGAUGCAUGUAUGCAUAAUCAGAUUGUUUACAAUUAUAUAAAUACUUGUAUUGGGUUCUUUAUUAUGUUGCUAUGUUGUUGUUGGUCUUUUUUGGGUUUUUUUGUGUGUGUUUUUUGGGGGAGACAAACAAUGUACAUGAGGUAUAUAAUCAGUAGUCAGGAUGUACGUGUAUGCUGCUCAUAUAACUAUAAUUAACAAAGGCAGAGAUUGUCAAUUUUAGAGGCAAGGGAAUUUCCCGUGACUUUUUGUCAAGACCUGUUGGAUUGCCUCAACCAUAAACUAGGGCCUUAAGUUUAGUAACGUUGUCAUUUGUGCCGGCUGUGUUUUAAUAUCAUAUAUGGAAUAUAAUAUUGCGUGUGUAUGUGGCAUAUCUGUCCGUAAGAAUUAGACGGGUAAGUCGUGAGAGAGCGACCACCCUUUAUUACUCUAGGGAUAUUACGUGAUCAGACUAUAAGGCGUUGACAUACGCUGAGAGAAAUUUGUUGACAUAACUUGGUUAGAUCGUGCAAACAGUUUGUGGGAAUCCGCAUUAACCAGGGAAUUGGCACAAUAUGGCUGUUAUGUAUGUUUCGCAUUAUAAAUUAGAACGUGUUACCAAAGACUACCUUUUGGUCAUCAUCAGAAACCAUAUGUAGCUACCAUAUGUGGUAAAAUAUCUGAAUAAACAUAUUGAUGCAUAUUUUUUUUCUUAACGCUUAUGCAUGAAGAAAAACUCUGCAUUCAACAUGUGAAGAAAACAUAUUCCUUUUGUUUCGUCAUGGGGCAUUGAUGGUCCGGUCGUUUAUGGCGCCCCAAUUCGCUAUGCAGAGUUGUGUCCCUUCGGCGUGUCAGAAACCUAUGAUGUUAGGUUCGAUUCUCCGUUGGCAUUGGUUAUGUGUCUAGGCUUGCCCGCCCAUACCUUUUGGUUUCCUUCCAGCCGACUCGCCGUCACAUACCUGCCGCCGUCAUAUAGUUGGAAUGUCGCUGAGUGCGGUGUUUAACAACAAACCAAAACAUGUUAUACAGCUGAUACACUGUUCAAAAAGGCGCUAUUUCCAGCAUUCUUGAAGACAAGGAUAACAUGUUAUUGUCAGUCAUGACAAUGGCAUCCCAAUGUAGCUCACCACAUGGUCAGAGGGUCACAAUUGUUUUUUCCAGGAUCGAAUCCUUUUGUCCUUGUGCAUCGACCUGUAUAAAAAUUCAAGUUCUUCUCGGAAACUGGCAAAGCUGAAACCUUUGCAUUGA